AUGUCUGGAAGAGGUAAAGGAGGCAAAGGCCUGGGAAAAGGCGGAGCGAAGCGGCACCGCAAAGUGCUCCGUGAUAACAUCCAGGGUAUCACGAAACCAGCCAUCCGGCGCCUGGCUCGCCGUGGCGGGGUCAAGCGCAUCUCGGGCUUGAUCUACGAGGAGAUCCGCGGGGUGCUGAAGGUUUUCCUGGAGAAUGUGAUCAGGGAUGCAGUCACCUACACUGAGCACGCCAAGCGCAAGACGGUCACCGCCAUGGAUGUGGUGUACGCUCUGAAACGCCAGGGCCGCACUCUCUAUGGAUUCGGCGGGUGA